AUGGGGCUGCUCGCCGGGGAGGAGAGGCCGGCGGCGAUGGAGCUGCUGCGCGAUGCGUGCGAGAACUGGGGCUUCUUCGAGAUUCUAAACCACGGCAUCUCGACGGAGCUGAUGGACGAGAGGUUCCUCGACUUCGCCAGCAAGACGCUCAAGGACGCGCAGGGCGUCAAGGCGGCGGAGAACCUGGACUGGGAGAGCACCUUCUUCGUCCGCCACCUCCCGGAGUCCAACAUCGCCGAGAUACCGGACCUCGACGACGAGUACCGGCGCGCGAUGAGGCGGUUCGCCGGUGUGCUGGAGGCGCUGGCGGAGCGGCUGCUGGACCUGCUGUGCGAGAACCUGGGCCUGGACAGGGGCUACCUCGCGCGGGCGUUCCGCGGGGCCAGCACGGGCGCCCCGACAUUCGGCACCAAGGUGAGCAGCUACCCGCCGUGCCCGCGCCCGGACCUCGUGAGCGGCCUGCGCGCGCACACCGACGCCGGCGGCAUCAUCCUGCUGUUCCAGGACGACCGCGUGGGCGGGCUCCAGCUGCUCAAGGACGGCGAGUGGGUGGACGUGCCGCCCCUGCGCCACUCCAUCGUCGUCAAUCUGGGCGACCAGCUGGAGCCCGACGGCAACAGGAUGUCCAUCGCGUCCUUCUAUAACCCGCGCAGCGACGCGGUCAUCUUCCCCGCGCCGGCGCUGGUGAAGGCCGAGGACGCGGCCGCGGGGGCGUACCCCAGGUUCGUGUUCGAGGACUACAUGAAGCUGUACGUGCGGCACAAGUUCGACGCCAAGGAGCCACGGUUUGAGGCCUUCAAGUCCAUGGAGACGGACAGCUCCAACCGCAUAGCCAUCGCGUAA